UCUCUGUGUCUCUCUCUCUGUCUGUCUCUGUGUCUCUCUCUCUGUGUCUCUGUCUCUUUAUCUAUUCAAAAACAACGAAGUAGAGUCAAAGUUCACUGUGACGUCACGAACAGCCGUAAAAUGUAGCUUGUUACUGAGCUAACAUGAAGCUAACAUAAGCUAGCUCCGUGAAGCUAACAUAAGCUAGCUCCGUGACGCUCCAGCAGCUGAUCAGCCUGAAGGUUUCAGGUGAAUCCAGCUCUCAGCCUCGGCACCAUGACCAACCCCCUGAGGGCCGAAGUGGUUCGACUCUAUAAAAACCUCCUCUACCUCGGCCGGGAGUAUCCCAAAGGAGGCGACUACUUCAGAGACCGGCUGAGAUCCGCGUUCACCAAAAACAAGUCGGUCCAGGACCCGGAGCAGAUCAAGGAGAUGAUCGCUCGAGGGGAGUACGUGGCCAGAGAGCUGGAGGCGCUGUACUACCUGAGGAAAUACAGAGCCAUGAAGAAACGCUACUACGAGGAAUGAAGACGUCUCCACACAUCAGAGGUGUACGUGGAAAACAUCUUUAACUUUGUCUCUAGCUGGUUCGAUAUCAGACGACUCAGCAGCAGCUUCCAGGUUUUAGCUUUUUAUUCCUGUAAAAUCAGCAAUGACAGAAAACAUUUAAAUAAAAGUAUAAAAAAGAGGA